AUGACUCAGCCUCAAAUGGAUGCAGCCCGUCAAUCCAUGGCAGAACACGUGGGGAGAUCAUCCGUUACCAUCGAUCAUCGCUUCUUUGAUUUGGACGUGGCACGAUUUUUGCUUCAGUGCGCCGCUAUAACAUACGAGCGAACUUCAGGGCCGGUACAGCAAGCUGUUCAGACGGUAAAGAAUGCAUUUCCAAGCAAGAAAUGCCUACAAUCGCACGGGCAUCAUCCGAAGCCAGCGGGCGAACAGGCCCUGGGCAUUUUAGGGGAGAGGGGCACUCAAGAAAUGAUGUCCAGUCUGCACGAAAGCAGAGGAGAGACCCAGUUACCUCCUUGGGCCAACAGUAUGGUGCCUUCUAUCAAAUAUUCCACAGUGUCGGAGCUGAAUGGCACCGACUCGGCCUUUUGUGGAAUAUUUUUCGAUCCUGCAUCUACGUGGAUCGUUCUUGCGUUCAAAGGCACAGAUCCAACAGAAUUCUCCGAAUGGGCAUCCGAUUUUGAGUAUAGCCCGCGGGAGGCUGGGAAUCGUAUUACCGGGUUCGGUCAAGUUCAUGGCGGAUUCUACGAUAGGCUUUUUACAGCAGCCGCUGCGGAGCGAGCGCCUUUUGACACUAUCGCUAGUGCUGUACGGGCAGUAGCUGACGAGCUGUCAGCCGCACAUAGCACCUCUAAGAUAAACCUGUUCAUUACCGGGCAUAGCUUGGGAUGCGCUAUGGCUUCGCUCGCCUACGCAACACCAUCAUCCGCGAUGCGUAUCUCUUUGCUGCGCCAAUCGUUUGUGACGCAAAAUCUGUUGCUGCCUUCAACGAGUGUUUGGAUUCGUCCACGACAUAUGAGGACAAUCCCUACGUCCGAUCUCUCUGGCGUGUUGUUGAAUCGCGGGGAUGUUGUCGCCACAGCGCUCCCCUCAUUUGGUGACGACAGACACACUGGAACACUCCGAGAUUUGUUUGCAUUCGCUCAUUUAGGCGCGGAGUUUCGCAUGGGUUCACAAUCACAACCAAGCUAUGUUAAAGGCGGGAGCCUCAAGCCAGAUACCUGGGUGACUGUCCGCAGCAAAUUGGAUCGCGGGACUGUCAAUAUCAUGAAUGCACAAGGGAUGGCACCAGUGAUUCGCUGGACUCAAGAAAUACCACUCAUAGGAAGGCUGGUGGCCCAUGCAACUACAAUGUAUUGGGAUGCUAUAACUCAGCUUCAAGUAGGCAGAGCACACUGGGCCGGAAGCCAUUGGGACAUCAAGCGCGUCAAUAGGUAG